CUCAAGACGUUGUCUUCAGCUCUUCCAAACACCUCUGUGCUCGUGCCUCCCCCCCACAGCGUCACCGCCCCACUUCUGUUUGGACUGAAACACUGUACACGGGCAUCCACACACACUGACCCCCCUCUUCCUCCAUUUCCUCCUCCCCACCCAGUAUGUCUGAAUACAAGAAAACCGCAAUCCUCUCUGUUUACGACAAAACAGGUCUCUUGGACUUGGCUAAGGGCCUGGUCGCCUCCAAGGUCAGGCUCUUGGCAUCCGGCGGUACUGCGAAGUUGCUCAGAGAGUCUGGCUUCCCCGUUUCCGACGUCGAGACCAUCACCCAUGCCCCAGAGAUGCUAGGUGGCAGAGUCAAGACCUUGCACCCAGCCGUCCACGGUGGUAUUUUGGCCAGAAACAUCGAGUCCGACGAGAAGGACUUGGAGACACAACACAUCGAAAAGGUCGACUUUGUGGUCUGUAACUUAUACCCAUUCAAGGAGACCGUUGCGAAAAUCAACGUCACCAUUCCUGAAGCCGUCGAGGAAAUCGACAUCGGUGGUGUCACCCUCUUGAGAGCCGCUGCCAAGAACCACUCCAGAGUCACCAUUCUGUCUGACCCAAGGGACUACCCGGUCUUCUUGGAAGAAUUGAACAAGAGCGGCCAAAACGAGAUCUCUGACUCCUUGAGACAAACCUUGGCGUUGAAGGCAUUCGAACACACUGCUGACUACGACACAGCUAUCUCAGACUUCUUCAGAAAGAAGUACUCCGAAGGUAAGGCCCAAUUGCCUCUCAGAUACGGUGCCAACCCCCACCAAAAGCCAGCUCAAGCUUUUGUCACCGAAGGGGAAUUGCCUUUCAAGGUCUUGUCUGGCUCUCCAGGUUACAUCAACUUAUUGGACGCUUUGAACUCAUGGCCUUUAGUCAAGGAGUUGUCCGCUUCUUUGAACUUGCCAGCUGCCGCUUCUUUCAAGCACGUUUCUCCAGCAGGUGCUGCUGUAGGCUUACCUUUGACUGACAUAGAAAAGAAGAUCUACAUGGUCGACACAAUCGAGAACCUUUCACCAUUGGCAAAUGCCUAUGCAAGAGCAAGGGGUGCCGACAGAAUGUCAUCCUUCGGUGACUUCAUUGCACUUUCGAACAUCGUUGACUUGCCAACUGCUCAAAUAAUCUCGAAGGAAGUCUCCGAUGGUGUCAUUGCCCCUGGCUUUGAACCAGAAGCUUUGGAAUUGCUCAAGGCUAAGAAGAAGGGUAAGUACUGUGUCUUACAAAUAGAUCCAAACUACAACCCAUCCUCAUUGGAAAAGAGACAAGUUUACGGCAUAACUCUCGAACAGAAGAGAAACGAUGCAAUCUUCAACUCUUCUACCUUCAAGGAGUUUGUCUCCAAAAACACCCAAUUGACUGAACAAGCAGCAAUUGACUUAACUGUUGCCACAAUUGUAUUGAAGUACACCCAAUCAAACUCUGUCUGUUACACUAAGAAUGGUAUGGUUAUAGGUUUAGGUGCUGGUCAACAAUCUAGAAUUCACUGUACCAGACUUGCAGGAGAUAAGGCAGACAACUGGUGGUUGAGACAACAUCCACGUGUUCUUGGCUUCAAGUGGGCCAAGGGUGUCAAGAGACCUGAGAAAUCGAACGCUAUUGAUUUAUACGUCUCGAACCAAAUUCCAACUGAUGAGCCAGAGAAAUCCGAAUAUGAAUCUAAAUUCGAAGUCGUUCCUGUUCCUUUAACUGCCAAGGAAAGAAGAGACUGGCUUGACCAAUUGUCUGAUGUUGCUUUAUCUUCCGAUGCUUUCUUCCCAUUCCCUGAUAAUGUCUACAGAGCUGUUAAAUCUGGUGUUAAAUACAUUGCUGCUCCAUCAGGCUCGGUUAUGGACAGAACUGUUUUCGAUGCUGCUGAUGCUCACAAUGUGGUUUACGUCGAAAACCCAAUUAGAUUGUUCCAUCAUUGAAGAUGCUUUAACAGUUUUCCACUUUUUUUGCUUCUUAAUAUUUUUAAUUACCUCCCCUCCCCUUCCCUCCAUUUUCUCAUGCUGCGAUUAUAGGUUGAUUCCAAUAUGCCCAAUUUAACGCUAACGCACGCAGUCAUAAAUUCUUCAUAAAAUUAAACCUUUUCAUAAAUUUUUAUAUGAUAUCACAUUUCUUAAUAAUAAUUACUCAUAUUUUCCC